UUCUUCUCGCUCGCGGUGAUGGUCUUUGACCACCGUCAGCUCGCGUAGCACUCAGCUCAUCAUCGGCAGUAGUUUUCCAGUUUUUUAGUUAUUUUCCUCAUUUCCCCAGCGUUUUCCUUCGAUUUUCCAGCUCAGGGCAAUCAAACAUCGCACUGAGAGUUGCGUUCCCUCUUCAGCCCGAAUCCCCUCGCGGGGUCAUAGGAUCUCGAAAAUGGCCUCGAACGGAAGGGACAACGGUCCGUCGUCAUCGUCGGCUUCCGCUGGGCACCAGAGCUUCGAGCAGUUUAUGUCGCAGUUUUCCGCCCGGGCUUCCCUCCAGGAACCGUCGUCAAAUUCCGGGCGAUUCGGCGGGGAUGGGAAUUCCAGCUUGAAACCAACAGCAGCCGAGUUUGUACCGCGUUGGCAGAGACCGGAACCGCAACAGAUGAAUGGUGAAAGUGGCGAGAGAUCGACUGGAGCCAUUCGGAAGCAGUAUGAUCGGCCAAGGUGGAAUAAUGGCCGGAAGAACAAUCGCAACGGAGAUCGUAACGGAUUUGGGAGAGGACGAGGAGGAGGAGGAGGACGUGGGUUCAACGAUUCUCGGGAACCGAGGGAGAAUGGCGGGGAAGAGGGAAGUUAUCAUCAAGGUGGUGAGUUCGAUGACUUACCGAGGGAAUAUGACCGACCUCGAAGACCACAGCAACUACCUCAACAGAACGGAGGAAGAUGGAAGGGAAACGCUGGAGGAGGACGAUUCCGGAACGGACGUCAGGGUCAAAAGCCAGAUCAGGAGCAGCGAAACGAACCUCAGAUGAAUGGUGUCAAUCACAAUCAAAGUAAUGGGUUCAAACCAACCGAAGUAAAAGAACGGAAACCGAAUGGAUAUCAAAGAAAUCGGGCCCGCCAGGAAAAGCUAGAAGCGAAGAUCAUCUCCAAAUGCUCGCAGCGCGAGAAACUCAUUCGGGAGCUGGAUUCCUCCAAGUUGGAGUGUCUCGUUUGUUGCGAUCUGGUGCGGCCAACUCAAUCGGUUUGGUCCUGUCCGAAUUGCUACCACAUCCUGCACCUGAACUGUACGACCAAAUGGGCCAACAGCUCCCAAUCGGACGAUGGUUGGCGAUGUCCCGCGUGUCAGAACGUGUCGAAGAAGAUUCCAAGAGAAUACUAUUGUUUCUGUGGCAAGCAAAAGAACCCUCAAUACAAUCGUAGCGAUGUGGCCCACUCUUGUGGAGAGCUUUGUGGGCGGGAGGAGCUCUGUGAGCAUUCGUGUACCCUGCUCUGCCAUCCGGGACCUUGUCCCCCAUGCCAAGCGAUGGUACAAAGGAGCUGCGGCUGCGGAAGAUCCACCAAGCCAAUGCAGUGUAGUCAAAAGGACGAAAUACUCUGCGAGGCCAUUUGCGCAAGGCCGUUGAACUGCGGAAUUCACACCUGUCAGCUAAAGUGUCACUGUGGAACGUGUAACGAAUGUGAGGAAACGCUGGAACACGAAUGCCAUUGUGGCAAGGAAAAGAAAUUGGUGGCUUGCACCGUUGACAACUUGGAUAAUACUCGAUUCUGUUGUGAAGCUGUUUGUGAUGCACAACUCAAUUGCAAGAACCACAACUGCAUGAAACUUUGCCAUCCGGGGGCCUGUGGAGAAUGUGCACUUUCUCCGGGGGUUAUCACUUCCUGUCCGUGUGGUAAGCAAGCUAUCAUCAAAGGCGAACGCGAGUCUUGUUUGGACCCCAUCCCAGUCUGCAAAGCCGUAUGUGGAAAGCAGCUUCUCUGUGGUCCACCAGGUGCCCAUCAUGUCUGUAUUGCCAAGUGUCACCUGGGUGAGUGUCCGCCGUGUAAUAAAUCAACCGUGGUAAAGUGUCGCUGUGGCCACAUGGAUCAGCAGAUGAAAUGCAAGCAGCUUCAGACACGUGCCGACGAUGCCCGAUGCAAGAAACGUUGCAAUCGGAUGCGUAGUUGCGCCAAGCACAAGUGCAACCAGGAGUGCUGCAUCGACUUUGACCACAUCUGCACGAAAACCUGUUCCCAGAUGUUGUCCUGUGGCCGCCAUCGUUGCGAUAAGCCCUGUCACAAAGGUUCCUGCCAAACGUGCCAUCGCGUUUCGUUCGACGAGCUGACCUGCGAGUGUGGAGCAAGCGUCAUCUAUCCACCAGUGCCUUGUGGAACGAAGAAACCACAUUGCGAUAAGCCCUGCUCCCGGAGGCACCUCUGCUCCCAUCCGGUUCUCCACAACUGUCACUCGGAAGCGAAUUGCCCGCCUUGUGUCGUCCUCACCACCCAGUACUGCUACGGCAAACACGAACAACGAAAGACAAUCCCGUGCUUCCAGAGCUCCUUCAGCUGUGGCCUUGCGUGCGCCAAACCACUGCCCUGUGGACGGCACAAGUGCAUCAAACCGUGCCACGAAAACGAAUGCUACGUCGAAGGCGAAAUCUGCAAACAAUUCUGCACCACCAUCAGAUCGAACUGCACCCACCAAUGCAAGGCCCCCUGUCAUGACGGCGAGUGCCCACCGGAUUUACCCUGCAAGGAAAUGGUCGAAGUAACGUGCGAAUGCGGCCACCGGAAGCAGAUGAGAACGUGUCAUGAUUUUAACCGGGACUAUCGGCGCUUCGCGUCGGCUCAGUUGGCCACAUCCAUGCAGGAGAUGCAGCGGGGAGGAUCGGUCGAACUCAGCGACAUUCUCGGCUCCGGCAAGCCCAAAAGCAACAAAACCCUGGAAUGCAGCGACGAAUGUCGCCUUCUGGAGCGCAACCGUCGGCUCGCCAUCGGUCUGCAGAUUCGCAACCCGGACCUGUCGUCCAAGCUGCAGCCCAACUAUUCGGACUUCCUGAAAACCUUCGCCAAGAAGGAUCCCGCACUGAUCAAAAUGAUCCACGAGAAGCUCACCGAACUGGUGAAGCUAGCCAAAGAGAGCAAACACUCGCGCAGCCACUCGUUCCCGGUGAUGAACCGCGAUAAACGUCGCGUCGUGCACGAAAUGUGCGGCAUGUUCGGCGUCGAAUCGGUAGCCUACGAUGCUGAACCGAACCGCAACGUGGUGGCCACGGCCGAUCGGUUCAAGACAUGGCUGCCUAGUAUGAGCCUUAUGGAGGUUCUUCAACGAGAAAGCGGUCAACGGCGUGUGGUGGUUCCCAAUUUGAAUGCCUGGGGCAGAACGUCUGCCAGCAGCAGCACCAGUGCUAGCAAAUGAUCGGACCACCAAGAAAAUGGACGAGUUGUUUUUGCCCAGUUUCAAUCAUUUUCUCUUUUUGUUCUUUCUUAUUUCUACUAUAUCGUCAUGCUAACAAUUUAUACCUGCUUAACUUUUUUUUCUCUAUUUUAUCGUUUCUUCGAUUUUACUUAAAUUAUUUGCUCCAUCCUUGGGGAGGAGCAAGUCAAUUUCUCAUCAUAUUCAGACACUUUGCGUACCUAUCAAUAUGAAAACGGAAAUUCUAAAAUUUUAAGUCAAUAUACAGUCCAUUCCGGGUAA